GACCCCCGAGGCUCCUGCUGUCUCUCCAACUCCGCCCCAUGAAGACCCUCAACUGGCAGAACAUCCAGCCAGCCGGAGGGACUCACCCACACGGCCCCCUGCGCUCGGAAAACGGCUACAACAUCAUGCCCCUCAAAUUCUCCGUGCCCCUCGACCACAACAACCCCAACCACCCCGAGUUCCAGCUCCCUUCAAGUUCCAUAUCCAUCUCCGCCAACCUCGUAUAUUCCCGCGCCGAAUUCACCAUCUCCACCGACCUCACCCCGUCCUGGACCUCCUUCCUCGCCCAGAACCACAAGACCAUCCUAGUCUACCUCUGCGGCGGACCAGGCGACGCCAACCCCCCCUGCCGCAACCCCGAUCUCAACGGUGAGAUCCUCAAACACCACGGCUGGCCGAUCCUCUACCCUAACUACCGCGGCACAAGUGGGGAAGACGCGGUGACCGGGGAGUUGAUCGCCCGGAUUGGAGCUGAGUGUGAGGAUCCUGAGGAACAAGCUGUUCGUCAAGCGGAGUAUCUGUCGUAUUUCCGACAGGACGCGAUCGUGGCUGAUUUGGAGGCUAUCAGGCUGCGUUUGCCGGAGGUGCUGGGGUUAGCCAAGGGGGAGGAGGUGAAAUACAUCCUGCUGGGUCAGUCGUAUGGCGGGUGGAUUGCGACGACGUAUCUUUCGUUUCUACCGGGGGGGUUGGAGAGGGUGUAUCUCUCUGCGGGGCUACCGCCGGUGGGGAGGACGCCGAGGGAGGUUUAUGAGAGGUUGUUUGAGGGUGUGAGGGAAAAGAAUCGGCAGUAUUAUAGGAGGAAUGCGGCGGAUAGGGUGAAUAUCGGGGAUAAUCAGAAGGUGAAGGAGGUGUUGGGGAAGCUGUGGAGGAUGUAUGGUGACAAGGGGGCGGAGUUGCCGGAUGGGUCAAGGCUGACGCCGAGGGGGUUUAUGACGAUGGGGAGAAGGCUGGGUGGGAGCCCGGCGGAAGACUGGAGAGAGAUGCAUCGAUUGGUGGAGUUGCUGGCAAACGAGUUGAAUGAGGAGGAUAGAGAUGCGGCCAAGCAAACUUUGGCCAAGUUUCACGAGGCUGGAGGGACGGGGUUCAAACUCUUGGAGAGGCCGCUGUAUGCGGUGCUGCAUGAGAAGAUUUACUGCUGUGGGCCUGGCGUGGCUUCGCAGUGGGCUGCCCAGCAGGUUGGCAAGGAAAAGGCUGAGAAGAAGAAGUCGGGCUUCUCAUGGCUGAGAGACGACUUUAGCUUCGACGAGAUUGAACUAACCCAGCUGUUCUUUUCCGGGGAGAUGAUAUUCGAAUUCAUGUUACACGACGCAGGCCCCAAGAUGGAGCCCUUCAUCCGACCCGCGCGAUUGUUGGCCGAGAAGACGGACUGGCCGAAUCUGUACGACGAAGAACAGCUGGCGAGAAACGACGUGCCUGUGCGAGCAUUGGCGUAUCCCAACGAUAUGCAUGUAGCUUGGAACUUUUGCGAAGAGACUGCAAGGAAAAUCAACGGGUGCGAACUGGUCAAGGGCAGCGCGCGCCUGAGGCAUGGAUCGAUCCGAAGUGAGCCAGAGGCAGUGUUGAGGGAACUGUUCGGAAAGGACUAGCGGAUUGGAUCGGAUCUUGAAUUUGCAUGGGUAGAAUACAGGUGUGCCUAUAGAAGUACAAAUGAGAUACUCUCGCGAACAUAGAUGCAGAUUUGAAAGUGAAGGCAUUCUUACGGAGUACUUCGUUAAGAUCGCGGCAGACGCGUUUCUCGCGAAGUCACGCGUCCUAAAGUGUCAAAUACCGG